CCUUCUGCGUGUGCACAUGUGUAGUACAUACCUGGGAUCAAAGCCUGCUAUAUAAAGUCCUUGAUUCUGUGUGGGUUCAAACACAUUUCAAAGCUUCAGGAUCCUGAAAGUUUUCGCUCUGCUUCCUGAAGACCUGAACACCGCUCCCAUAAAGCCAUGGCUUGCUUUGGCUUCCAGAGUCAUGGGGCUCGGCUGGACCUGGCUUCUGGGACCUGGCCCUGUACUGCCCUGUUUUCUCUUCUCUUCAUCCCCGUUUUCUCUAAAGGGGUGCACGUGGCCCAGCCCGCAGUGGUCCUGGCCAGCAGUCGGGGUGUUGCCAGCUUCGUCUGUGAAUAUGGGUCGUCAGGCAAAGCCGCCGAGGUCCGGGUGACGGUGUUGCGGAAGGCAGGCAGCCAGCUGAACGAAGUCUGCGCCGCGACCUACAUGGUGGAAGAUGAGCUGACCUUCCUGGAGGAUUCCACUUGCACUGGCACCUCCAGUGGGAACAAAGUGAACCUCACCAUCCAAGGGCUGAGGGCCACGGACUCCGGGCUCUACAUCUGCAAGGUGGAGCUCAUGUACCCGCCGCCCUACUAUGUGGGCAUGGGCAAUGGAACCCAAAUUUACGUCAUUGAUCCAGAACCAUGCCCGGAUUCUGAUUUCCUCCUCUGGAUCCUGGCAGCAGUUAGUUCAGGGUUGUUUUUCUACAGCUUCCUCAUCACAGCUGUUUCUUUGAGCAAAAUGCUAAAGAAGAGAAGCCCUCUUACUACAGGGGUCUAUGUGAAAAUGCCCCCAACAGAGCCAGAAUGUGAAAAGCAAUUUCAGCCUUAUUUCAUUCCCAUCAAUUGAGAGACCAUUAUGAAGAAAAAAGACUAUUUUCCAAUUUGUAAGAGCUGAGGCAAUUC